CUUAGAGGAGAGAGGCUUACUGCAACCUCAGGUUGGCCUGACCACGGAUAUUAGCUCAGAGAGGACCAUCAAAGCAACUGGGGUCUUCUGCUCGCCCACUGGUUUCAUAUUUACCUUAUUCUAACUCACCUUGGCGUCUGCAGCUCUCCGUCCCUCCCUCCAUCUGUCUCUCUCUCUGGCUCUGACAGCUGACGGCCCCGGUCAGAUCUCCUGGAUUCAUUGAAGGAGCAACUCAUUUCCACUGGGCUCAUUUGGAAGCCAUCUUAAUAGCCGCUGUAGACUGGAAGAGGAGUCCGACACCUUGUGAGGCUGUCUUUCGUUAUCGAUCCAUCCAUCUAUUUGGGGUUUUUUUCGUUUUGAUUUGAGCCACAGACUUGUGAGGAUGAAGGACCGACUGGCGCAGCUGAAGGAGAAGAGCGAUGCGGGAGGCGAUGACGUCGAGGUUCCCAUGGAGAACCAAGCUUUUAUGGAUGACUUCUUUGCUCAGAUUGAAGAUAUCCGCAUCAGCAUUGACAAGAUUGACGAGAGCAUCACAGAUAUAAAAAAACUCUACUCGACCAUCCUGUCGGCCCCCACAUCUGAGCAGAAAACACAAGAUGACGUCGAAGCCCUCACCAAUGAGAUCAAGAAGUCGGCCAACAACGCCAGGAACAAACUCAAGAGUAUUGAGCAGCAGCUUGAGUCAAACACAGAUGACAGGUCCUCAGCCGACCUCAGGAUACGCAAGUCACAGCAUGCUAUUCUGGCCAAGAAGUUCGUAGAGGUAAUGACCAAGUACAACGAGGCUCAAGUUGACUUCAGAGACAAGAGCAAAGGACGAAUCGCCCGACAGCUGGAGAUCACGGGGAAAGCGACGACUGAUGAGGAGCUGGAGGAGAUGCUGGAGGGAGGCAACUCAGCUGUGUUCACUGCAGGGAUUAUGGACUCUAAAAUCAACCAGCAGGCCCUGAAUGAGAUUGAGGCUCGUCACAAGGACAUCAUGAGGCUGGAAAGUAGCAUCAAAGAGCUCCACGACAUGUUUGUCGAUAUUGCCAUGCUGGUCGAGAACCAGGGGGGCAUGAUUGACAGGAUUGAGAGCAACAUGGACCAGUCAGUGGGCUUUGUCGAGAGGGCGGUGGCCGACACCAAGAAAGCAGCCAAAUUCCAGCAGGAGGCUCGCAGGAAACAAAUGAUGAUCUUCUGCUGCUGUGUGAUUCUGGCCCUCAUCGUCGGUUCAUUUCUCUACAGCUUCAUUAAAUAGAAAACCUCAGCUGAGUCUCCGCCGCGGGAGGCCGAGCACAACGUCUCUCAGACGGUCACAAAACACUGACAUUUCAGCUCAUUCCAAAUAGAACUAGAGGCAACAACUGUUUUGCAGUCAUUCUCUGAUAUUUCUUGAGAUGUUACGAUAGCUUUCUUGACCCUUUUAAGCUGCCCCACAUUUUUUAUUUAAUUUUGGUGCAGUUUCUGGAUAAUUAGUAAUGUCCAAACGGAAUUGGGCUUUUAGGACACUACUGUCCUGAAAGGUCUGACUCCGCGGCAGGUCAGCAUCCAUGGACGGCGGCAAGAUUCAUGGAAAAGAGGAAUUCAAGAAAAAUAUUAGACACACCUUUUCAAGAGCAGAACCUCAGAAUGUCCACAGUUGAACCAACAGCCCUCUGGUCCCAACAAACCUGUGAACUUUAGGUUAUUCAUGAAUAUGAGAUGUAUUGUAGGACUGUUAAACCGAGCCGUGUUAUAAUUGUUUAGCUGUACCCGAUGAAGUGAAAAGUCAGUGUAUCCCUUAGAAACAGUCAGGAUGAGAAAAACAAAAGAAAACGCUCUGCACAUGAGGAGCAGUCAUCGUUUUUACUGUUGCAGUGUUUGUAUGGAUCUGAAUGCUUUUAGGUGCAGGGUUUGUCAGUUAAAACUCGCGGAGUGUUGGUAUUAGAUUGGCUAAACCACCAGACGGUGGCACUAGAUGACAUGUCAAGUUGACAUGUGAAGACUUUUACAGUCAGGGCAUUUCUUUUUAUUUUGUUUUGUUUUGUUUUUAUUCACUUCUUUGUCAACUUUUUACAUAUAAAAAUAAUGUUUUUAUUCGUAGGCCGCGUGUCCCGCUCUUCCUUCUACUCAAAAAGUUGUCAAACCUGAAAUGAUAUUUUUUAAAUUCUAAAAAGACACUGAACGGUUGUCAGGGUCUGCCUCCAUAACACAAGAGAAAUAUAUUCCUUAUAUCCAGGAAAUCAGUUGAAGUGUGUUAUUGAUGAGUCAGUUAUGAUGCAUCUGUAUGAAGUCAGUAUCAUAAGUAUUGAGACAGCUGUCGCUCUCCUUUUUAGUACAUGUGUCUAUUAUUUGUGUCAUGAUGUGGAAACCAUACAUCUGUGCCAAUACUUAUGCUAUUGACUGCAUCUAAUGAUACAAUUUUUAAUUGGUGACAGAAGAAAGUCACUUAGUUGAUGUUGAACCAAUUCACAGAUUAUUGACAGUAGUUGCUGAAUGAGCUGAGAGUACUAAGUAAAAAACUGAAGGUGUCAGGUUAGAAAUGAAAUAAACACAGCCCUGCUUUAUUUGAUUACACUGACACUGCCUUGAACAUG